ACUGAUCUCACUCUGUCACAACCAUUCACAGACUUCUUUGAACUGUCUGAGCAUCUGUCACUGCUCACUAACAGAUUGCGGCCAAUCGACCAGGGUUUUGUUUAAUAGCGGAGUCCCCUUGUCUCAGGUCUCAGCAUUUUCUGGCCCCAAGCUCCCUAUUCAUCUCCAUUGUUCAAAGAGACCCCGGGCAUCGUUUGGGAAUUUCUGAGUCUCUAGUGAAACAUCCCUGCAAGCGAGAAAUCUGGUGCUCCAGCAGUCGCAUCUUUGUAUUAAAUCCACCAACGAGAGGUAUCAAACCGUCUUGGAUAUCAGCGGAAACAGACCCCAAACUGGAACUUGACCGUAUCAGCCGCUGAGCCAAGACUCGUCCCGGAUGUGAUGGUUUUUGGGCCUCUCGCCUCGCGAACUGUUUUGUUGGUGUUUCCUUGCUAAUAGCACCGACAUACUGUGCGUACGUACACACAUACAUCAGCAAUUGAAGCCGGUCUUCGUGGUCUUAUUGGCGUAUUUGUUAUCAAAUGGCAUAAGCUGUGACCUUCCAGUCCAGGCUUGAUACAGUAUCUGAUCUUGGCCUCCGAUUUCCUUGUUCGUCCAACACUACGACUCUUCUUCUUUAUCUCUUUUUUCUCUCUUUCUGCCGAGCUGCUGCUCGAUUUAUUGUUUGCGUCGAAUCUCCACCAAAUUGAAAUGCUCGUGGCUGGACGAUUGAACUAGAACCCGUUCACUCCAUUAUUAGCAACCAACCACCAAACGAGUCUAACCGCGAGAGUGAGACCCAAGACCACAAGUGCCGUUCAUCCCGCUUUCCGGCGCCAUUUGGCAAUCAAUCUUCAACUCCAAAAUCUCUCGGCUUCUGAGGAUCGCAACAUAUUCACGAUCCUCGAGUCGAGGCUCACGAGCCACAAGCUGUUGCGAUGGCUCCCGCCUACAUCCAAGUCCCUAACAAGGACACAAAUAAUGUCGCGCUCUCCGUUCCGAGGAGUCCCGGCGCCGGCGCCCAUCUUGCUACGACGACGCUUCGAGUGGACGGCAUGACAUGCGGCGCAUGUACUUCUGCUGUUGAAGCUGGCUUCAAGGGCGUCGAUGGUGUUGGAAACGUUUCAGUCAGUCUGGUUAUGGAGCGAGCAGUCAUCAUGCACAACCCUCAAGUUAUCUCCGCCGAAGAAGUCAAGGAUAUCAUCGAAGACCGAGGCUUCGAUGCCGAAGUCCUCUCGACCGACCUCCCCAGCCCUGUCGCCAGACGCUUUACACACAACGAAGACGACAAUGACUUUAUUACGACAACUAUCGCCGUCGAGGGCAUGACCUGUGGAGCCUGCACUUCUGCCGUUGAAGGUGGCUUCAAAGAUGUUCCUGGUGUCAAGAGCUUCAGCAUCUCAUUGCUCUCCGAGAGAGCUGUUAUCGAACACGAUCCCGACCUUCUCACUGCCGAACAAAUCGCCGAAAUCAUUGAAGACCGCGGCUUUGAUGCUACGAUUGUCGACUCGGGCAAAGUGGUGGCUGACAAAUCUGGCAAGGAUGCUGAAAAUGCCGGCAACCUCGCCAUCACGACAGUAGCAAUUGAGGGCAUGACAUGUGGUGCUUGCACAUCGGCUGUCGAGGGUGGAUUCAAGGACGUAGAAGGCGUCCUCAAGUUCAACAUCAGUCUUCUCGCGGAACGAGCCGUUAUUACACAUGAUGUUACCAAACUCUCGCCGGAGCAAAUAGCGGAAAUAAUCGACGACCGUGGCUUCGACGCGGAAGUUAUUUCUUCACAACCAACCAAUGAUCAUCAUAGCGGGUCAUCGUCCACGGCACAGUUCAAAGUUUAUGGUGUUCCAGAUGCGGCUGCAGCACAAGCUUUGGAGGCUGAGUUGACGGCCAUGCACGGCGUCGAUUCAGUUUCGGUGAGCCUUGCUUCAUCACGCCUCACCGUCACUCACCAACCUGGUGUUAUUGGUCUCCGGGCCAUCGUGGAAGCUGUCGAAGCUAAGGGAUACAACGCCAUUGUGGCCGAUACCCAAGACAACAAUGCACAGCUCGAGUCACUCGCAAAGACAAGAGAGAUCAAUGAGUGGAGGACGGCUUUCCGAACCUCAUUGGCUUUUGCCAUCCCGGUCUUCAUUCUGAACAUGAUCUUGCCUAUGUGUGCGCCAUCUCUCGAUCUUGGCAGGUUUGAGUUAAUUCCAGGCCUCUAUCUAGGAGAUAUCAUCUGUUUAGUCCUUACGAUACCCGUCCAAUUCGGCAUUGGAAAGCGUUUUUAUAUUUCAGCAUGGAAGUCAGUCAAGCACCGCUCACCAACAAUGGAUGUUCUUGUUAUCCUCGGAACAUCUUGUGCCUUCUUCUUCAGCAUUUUGACCAUGACGGUUUCUUUACUUUUGCCUCCUCACACCCGGCCAAGCACUAUUUUUGACACCAGCACUAUGCUCAUCACAUUCAUCACGUUAAGUCGUUACCUUGAGAAUAGCGCGAAGGGUCAGACCUCUAAGGCUCUUUCUCGACUCAUGUCUUUGGCACCCUCUAUGGCUACAAUCUACGUAGACCCCAUUGCUGCUGAGAAGGCUGCCGAGGCUUGGGGUAAGGACCCAACUACUUCCAAAACGCCAGGAGUUGGUGGUUCAGCUCACGAGGAGCGGUCUGUUCCUACUGAGCUUCUCCAGCUUGGUGAUGUCGUCAUUCUGCGGCCUGGUGAUAAGGUGCCUGCCGAUGGUGUCCUCGUCCGAGGAGAGACCUUCGUAGAUGAGAGCAUGGUAACGGGUGAAGCCAUGCCUGUUCAGAAGCGGACCGGCGAUCACGUCAUUGGCGGAUCCGUUAAUGGUGACGGUCGUGUUGACUUCCGAGUCACUCGUGCCGGUCGUGACACUCAACUCAGCCAAAUUGUCAAGUUGGUUCAAGAUGCCCAGACCAACCGGGCACCUAUCCAGCGACUUGCCGACACUAUUGCAGGGUAUUUUAUUCCUGCUAUCCUCAUCCUCGGCUUGAGUACGUUUCUUUGCUGGAUGGUUCUCAGCCAUGUACUUGCGAACCCACCCAAAAUCUUUUUGCAGGACGCCAGCGGUGGUAAGAUCAUGGUCUGCGUCAAGCUCUGCAUUUCUGUCAUCGUUUUCGCAUGCCCUUGCGCCCUCGGUCUAGCUACACCUACUGCCGUCAUGGUUGGUACUGGCGUUGGUGCCGAGAACGGCAUUCUGAUCAAAGGUGGCGCUGCUCUUGAGAGAUGUACCAAGGUUACACAGAUUGUCCUCGAUAAGACUGGCACCAUCACCUAUGGUAAGAUGAGCGUUGUCGAGUCUGUCCUCGAGUCCGAGUGGCAUGAUAAUGAAUGGCGACGUCGACUUUGGUGGGCUAUUGUUGGUCUUGCUGAGAUGGGUAGUGAACAUCCCGUUGGAAAGGCCAUCCUCGCAGGAGCUCGACAAGAACUCGAUAUUGAGGCCGAUGAUGUUCUUGAGGGAAGUGUCGGCGAGUUCAAGGUCACUGUUGGCAAGGGUAUCAACGCUCUGGUUGAACCUGUAUCGGCUGUUGACCGUAGCCGCUAUCGGGCGCUCGUCGGUAACGUUGCUUUCCUGCAGGAAAACGGCAUUGAGGUUCCCGAGGAUGUCAUCGAGGCAUCAGAACAACUCGACCCCAGCGCAACCAAGGCUUCUAACAAGGGACCUGCCACUGGUACCACUCACAUCUUCGUGGCUAUUGAUGGCAAAUACAGUGGCCAUCUCUCUUUGGCUGACUCUAUCAAGGAGGGUGCUGCUGCUGCCAUCUCGGCCCUUCACAAACUGGGUGUGAAGACAGCUAUUGUUACUGGUGACCAGCGAUCCACUGCCCUCAGUGUUGCUGCGGCUGUGGGCAUUCCUCCCGAGAAUGUCUAUGCCGGAAUGAGCCCCGACCAGAAGCAAGAGAUUAUCAAGCAAAUUCAAGAACAAGGCGAGGUCGUUGCCAUGGUCGGCGACGGCAUCAACGAUUCACCUGCACUUGCAACUGCUGAUAUCGGUAUCGCCAUGGCCAGCGGUACAGACGUCGCCAUGGAAGCCGCCGAUAUUGUUCUCAUGCGCCCAACUGAUUUGAUGGUUAUUCCUGCGGCGCUGGACCUCACUCGGUACAUUUUCCGUCGCAUCAAGCUGAACCUUGCCUGGGCGUGCAUGUACAACGUUAUCGGUCUGCCAAUUGCCAUGGGCUUCUUCCUGCCCAUUGGUUUCCACAUGCACCCCAUGAUGGCUGGUUUCGCCAUGGCGUGUAGUAGUGUCAGUGUCGUCGUGAGCAGUCUUUUCCUCAAGUUCUGGAAGCGUCCUCGAUGGAUGGAUGAGGCUGCUGCUGAGAAGAGCGGUGGUCUUCGCUGGAGGAGUGGAAGAGGUGUUGUAGGCUGGGUGCGUGAGACGCUGGGUAGGAGACGGAUUAAGAAAGAGGAGGGUUAUGUGCCUUUGGAAAACAUUGAGACGGAAGCUUAAGAAUUUUUGUUUUGUUAAGCGAUGGAGUCAUGAUGCUUGGUAGAUGUAUCGUCUUGAAAGUUACCUCAUAUAUCGAUGAGAUCCUAGAAAGAAAAUAAGAGCGAGCAUAUGGACAUACAUGAUUUUUUUUUUAAAUUUUCAGACAAUUUGUUCUUGCUGGCCGUUUUAUCUUAUAUAAACAUCAGAGAUGUUCUUUAUCGGCCCUUAGAUGUAAGAAGUAUCAUGAUAUAUGAAGG